UCAUAUGAUAUUUAUUAAUAUUGAUAAAUAUAUUUAUGCAAUAAACUAAAAUAAUUAAUUUAUCGAGGAAAUUCUCUCUCAUUUCAAUUUUUUUUUUCCUUGUGUCCAGUUUUUUUUUUCAAAAAAAAAGAAAAAAAUUUUUUCACGUUUUAUUCCCGAUAUGGCCGCAAAACGAAAUGUACCUAACAAACAAGAUAUUUUAAAUCAUUAUGAUGAACAUUUAAAUGAAAUAAACGAAACCGUUGACAAGUUACUUAAUGCGAUUAAAAUUGACGAUAUCCCGAACGCAAUUAAAUUCCUACCGAAAUCCGAAAAAAAGAACGGUCGCGCCAAAAGACCGCCUAAUUCAAAUAUAUUAUGUUCGAAUCAACUCAUGAAUUUUGGCAUCAGAAAGAUUGCUGAAAAUAUUUGCGAAAAAUAUGAUUAUGAUAAACAACGAAUAUUAAUAUUAUCAAGACAAUUCACGGGAAGAAUCUGGAAAGAAAUAAUUUCCGUUGAAACAAAACAAUAUUUCGAAAAUUUAGCUAAAGAUAUCGAUAAUCUUCAUAAAGAAAAGUAUCCGGAUUAUAAAUUAAAGUCUCGCAGAAAAAAGUCAACUGUUAACUUUUCAGUUAAAAUACUUUAAAUAUUUAUCAUUAUGAUAAUUUUUUUUGUGCAAAUGUUUCUGUUGAUCAUCAAACUUUAUUUUUCUUUCUAAAAAAUCAUAAAAAUAUUAAUCUCCUUUAUUAUUUUUUGUUAUUUAAAUUUAAAAAAUUGAAAAAUUGAAACUUUACAUUUUUAUAUUGCAUUAAAUACUAAAUAAUUUAGCUGAAAUUAUAUUUUAACUAAUUAACCAUCUUAAUUAGUUAAUUAAUCAAUUGGUUCUAAUCUUUAUAUUAAAAAAU